UAAAGAUUUUGAAUUUUAAAAUUAUGAACCAGCGCAGAGCAAUGGGCAUCUGUCGGGACAACUGGCACAAGAAAGCCCGACCACAGGAAGCGGGAGUAUGAGCUGGGACAGCCUGCUGCCAACGCUAAGCCCCGCCCUCGUGGUAAACACAGUCCAAGUUAGAGGAGGCAAUAAGAAGUGCCGCGCCCUAAGAGUGGGUGUGGGGAGCUUUUCCUGGGAUUCUGAAUGCUGAACUCGCGAAGCAAGGAUCAUUGAUCUCGUCUACAAUGCAACCAAAGACCAGAUGGUCCGCACCAAGACCCUGGUGAAGAACUGCAUUGUGCUUAUUGACAGCACACUGUACCGACAGUGGUACGAGUCCCACUGUACACUGCCCCUGGGCUGCAAGAAGGGAGCCAAGCUGACUCCUGAAGAGGAAGAAAUAUUAACCAAAAAGCGAUCAAAGAAAAUUCAAAAGAAAUAUGAUGAAAGGAAAAAGAAGGCUAAAAUCAGCAGUCUUCUGGAGGAGCAGUUCCAGUAGGGCAAAUUUCUUGCCUGUAUCGCCUCAAGACCAGGCCAGUGUGGUGGCGCAGAUGGCUACGUGCUAGAAGGCAAGGAACUGGAGUUCUAUCUGAGGAAGAUCAAAGCCUCAAAAGGCAAAUAAACCAUCAUUCAUAACUCAUGUGACAAAGGUGUUUAUUGUUCUACAUUUAAAAAAUAAAUUUG